CGUUUUUUCUUUUAGAGGUUGUAUGAGGCAACACUUUAAAAUGAAUUUGAUUUGAAAGUGUCUAUGGAAAUAUUUUCUGAUCCUUUUCAACACGAGUUUCGAAAUAAAAAAAAAAUAUGAAGUGAAAUAUUAUUCUAUGGGUUUGAUUUCAUUGAACACUGUAGCAAAGAUAAGCUACAAUGAACAUGGGAGCAAAUGGAACCGAUGUGGCCGGGGAGGUAGCCCUCAUAGCUGAUGAACUGAGCCGUGCUGUGGAGCUGACUCUUAACCCUACUAUUGCACACGAAGCAAGAAAUCAGGCUUAUAAUGCUUGUGAAAGUUUUAAAGAAAAUUCUCCAUGGUGUGCACAAGCUGGGUUGCUGUUGGCGAGUACAGCUCACUACUCUCCUGUAGUUAAGCAUUUUGGUCUGCAGCUUAUGGAACACACAGUUAAAUAUAGAUGGACACAAAUAACUCAAGCUGAGAAGCUGUUUAUUAAGGAAAAUGCCAUGAAAUUGUUAUACAUGGGGGGAUGGGAGACUGGGCACUUGAAUGAUGCCUUGGCUCGUGUGAUUGUUGAAAUGAUUAAGCGAGAGUGGCCUCAGCAGUGGCCUACAUUGUUGGCUGAGCUUAGUGAUGCCUGUUCUAGGGGACAUUUGCACACUCAAAUUGUGCUUCAUGUGUUUCUUAGACUUGUUGAAGAUGUAGCUACUUUACAAACAUUGGAGCAGCAUCAACGGCGGAAAGACAUCUACCAAGCACUCACUAGUAAUAUGGCAGAGAUAUUUGCCUUUUUUAUGCGUCUCAUAGAGUUACAUGUGCAGGAAUUUAGAGAGAAAACAGCUGCUGGGGAUUAUAAUGCUGCGGCAAGCAAUGGUCGAGUUGUACAGGUGGUCCUGCUAACCUUGACAGGAUUUGUGGAAUGGGUUUCUACAAAUCAUGUAGUGACCAAUAAUGGUCGUCUACUACAAAUACUCUGCAUUUUGUUGCAAGAUGAUGUGUUUCAAUUGCCAGCUGCUGAAUGCUUGCUACAAAUUGUUAAUAGGAAAGGCUCUACAAAAGAACGCAAACCACUUAUGAUAUUAUUCAGUGAAGACGCAAUCUCAUGCAUCCAUCGUGCUGCUGUCUCAAGUAUUUCUGCAAUGGAUGAAAACCACUACCUGUUUUUGAAAAAACUUUCACAGGUGCUGGCGGGGCUGGCCCAGCAGCUGACGUCGCUGUGGAACUUCGCGAGCAGCCCCGAGCGCUGGCUGCCCGUGCUGCUGGAGAGCGCGCUGCUGCUGACGUCGCACGCGUCGCUGACGCUCGCGCACACGGCCAACUCGCUGUGGCUGGCGUUCCUCAAGCACGAGCAGAUCUCGCGCCUGCCGCACGUGCUGCAGGUGCUGCCGCGCUGGCUGCACGCCGCUGCGCCCAAAGUUCUCAAGGUAACAUAUCCAUCAUCGCGUGUAAGUGGUUCUAACGACGCAGUGUCAUAUGCUUGUAUGGAUUACGACAGUGAACAAGAAUUCGCCAUUUUCUUCAGUCGUUGUCGAACUGAAAUUUUAGAGAGCUUUAGGUACUGUAUGGUAGCAGCACCAUUAGUGACUUGGUCGUAUGUAGAACAGUGGACCCAAACGGCGCUGGACAAAUUGGAUUCAGCUCCUCCGACCAUGGACGUCACGCACCCAUUACAUGUAGAGUGGGAAGCACUUGCACAGGUACUGGACGUGGUACUGUCCCGGCUGCUGCAAGCGGAUCCGCGGCCCAACGUGGCGGAGGGGCUGCGGCUGCUGCAGCGCUGCGUGGCGUGCGAGCCGCGCGCGCCGCUGCUGCUCUCGCUGCUGCUCUCCUUCAUAUCCGCGCUCUUCGUAUUCCUCAGCUGCGCGUACAGCCAGCUCGCCGGGCCAAGCGUGGGUUGUGCGGGCGCAGAGCUACUGCCGCGCGUGCUGGACAAGAUCUUCGCGGCGCUGGUGUACGAGGGCGCGCCGCCCGAGGGCCGCGGCGCGCGCGCAGUCAAGAACGUGCGCCGGCACGCCGCCGGCCUGCUCGUUAAGCUCGGCUCUAAGUACCCGCUGCUGCUGCUGCCGGUGUUCCCGCGGCUGCACGAGAUGUGCCGCGCGGCGCUGGCGCGGCCCGACCUCAGCGCCGUGGAGAGCGUCACGCUGCAGGAGGCGCUGCUGCUCGUCUCCAACCACCUCUGCUGCUACGAGCGCCAGAGCGCACUCGUCGCGCAGGUGUUGGGCGAUUGCAGCGCGCGCUGGGCGGCGCUGUCGGCGCACCUCACCAGUGCGGAAGCGCUAGCCCGGCUCAUCGGGCUGGACGCGCCGCCCACGGACGCGGACGAGGAGCGCGGCCGGGCGCGCCGCACGCUGCUGCACGCGCUGUCCCUCGCGCUCGGCGUCGUCAAGCGCACGUGCGUCCCGGCCGACCCGGACAAGGCGGCCCGCGGCGGGUUCGGAGCCGGGCUCACGCCGGCCGGCAACCCGGUGUGGCGCAACCCGGCCGCCGCACACGUGCUGCCGCUGUUCCCGCACGCGCUGGCGCUGGGCCGCGCGUUGCACGAGCUGCACGCGCCGCACGCCGCGGCGCUGCGCCACCCCGCGCACGCGCGCGCGCUGCAGCCGCCGCCGGCCGAGCGCAGGAACCUGCUGGGCAUGCGCGACGACACCCCGCUGGCGCCGCUCUCGGUGCCGCAGGCUACAACCCCACAGGAUAGAAUGCAAAACUUCCUGCACACAUUGCAUGAUAAUGUGUGCCAGCUGGUGGGCGCGGCGGCGGCGUCGCUGGGCCGCGAGCUGUACGGCGCGGGCGGGCUGGCACGCGCGGUGUGCGGCGCGCUGCUGGCGGCGCCGGCGCGGCUGCCCGACCACUGGCUGCGCCGCGUGCUGCGCGCCGCGCUGCGCCCGCUGCUGCUGCACUGCCCGCCCGCGCACUACGCGGACGUCGCGCUGCCGCUGUUGCAGCACACCGCGCCGCUCAUGGUUGUACAUUUAACACAACGUUGGGACUAUGUGACGUCGCUGUACGAGUCUGGUAAACUUGAAGAAGAGAGUGGAAGUGAAUCGCAAGAAGUUUUAGAAGAUAUGCUAGUCCGUCACCUUACUAGGGAAUAUUUAGAAGUAUUAAAGGUGUCGCUAGUGGAAGGGGGAGUGGCGUGCGAAGCGAGCGUGGACAUGGACGAGGACAGCAUGGGCGGCGGCGCGGGGGGCGCGGGGGGCGGCGCGGGCGGGGCGGCCGCGCGCGCGCCCGAGCACGUGUCCGAGCUGGGCGCGCUGCUGCUCGCCGACCCCGUGGCGGGGCCCGCGCUCUUGCACACGAUCCUCCGCGCCCUCACGUGGAACGACUCGACGUCGUCGCUGCGCGCCUGCGCGCUGGCGCUGCCGGCGCUGCGCGCGGCGCUGGGCGCCGACGGCGUGAGCGCGGCCGAGGCCAACGGCGCGCUGGCCGCCGUGCUGCACGCGCUGCGCCUGCACGGCCAGCACGAGGCCAACCAGGCCGCGCUGCUCACGCUCGCCGUGCAGGCGUACGAGACGCUCCGGCCGCGGUUCCCGGGCGUGGCGAGCGUGCUGGGCGCGAUCCCGGACGUGGACGCGCACGACCUGCGGCGCCUCGACGAGAAGCUCGCCGCGCACCCCGCGCGCCCCGCCAAGAUCGACAAGAGCAAGAAGGAGCUGUUCAAGAAGAUCGCCUCCAGGGUGAUCGGCCGCAACGUGGGGCAACUCUUCAAAAAGGAGGUGUUCAUAUUGGACCUGCCGACGAUGCACGCGCCCAAGGAGAAGCGCACCGUGGACGGCACGGAGGGCGGGCUCGAGCAGCUGUUCGCGAACGCGCCCACAUAGCGCGCCCGCACGUGCGAACGCGACCACGGUGCGCUCGCUACUGACGCAUUUGGCUUGUUGAUUGGUUGUCUAUUGUCUAUUGUCUAUGCUUGUCUGUAUAUUGUCUAUAAAGAUGUGUGGCAUGGGGUUAGUGCGGGUUGCGCGAAAGACGGUUCAUUGAUUUAUAAAAGUCGGGCAUGUGAUUUCGUCCGCGUUAUAUGUGAUAAAUUUUCUACAUUGUUGCGCUAUAAGUUCGUCUUCCAUCCAGUUGAACCCGCAAACAUCAUAAGCCGUUCCAAAGAUUACGUGACAAACAGAAAGCCUUGCAUAUGCAGUUAAUAGAUAUACAUGAUAUUGUGUUUAUUUUUACAUGAAUUACUAUAAAUUUCCCCCCAUUGCCAUAAAAAAAUUUAGGGGAUGUUGAGAUGCCAAUUUGGGGUUUAUAGUUAGUUUUACAGAAUAUAAGUUGCAUUAAUGUCUAGGACCAAAUUAACAUAUUUAGUUGAUGGGCAUGUAUGAUGCAUGACAUAUUAUGGAUAUAUGAAUAGAGCAGUUAAAAAUAGCGGUAAUUUCAAUCUGUAAAUUCAAGAUUUGUUUUUAAGAAUAUCCACAACAGAAAACUUGUUGGUUCUUUUGAAAUAAUUAUACAACUGUUUGGAACAGAACUGUUGUUGAUGGAACCUAAACUUAGGAGAUGCUGUGUAAAGCCUUUAUGUGUAGAUUGUACAAAUGUACUUACGUUUAUUUAUGUUUUGUCAUACACAUGUAUACUUGAAAAUAAAAACAAUACUUUAAGAAAAUGAUUGAAAUUGUCGUGAGAGUGGAACGUAGGACGUAUUACAUUAAGCCAAAUGCGUGGUGGUGAGGCAUCGCGGUGUAAAGUAUUAAAUACGAUAAAAGAGCGCAACUAUUUAUUACGGUCGUGUAUAUUUUGUUGGCAAAAAUGUUAAUAGAUGUCUGAAAGUUUGUAAAUGUGUUGUAUAAUGACGAAUUGCUGUAGUGGAAUUGAAGGAUUUUGAUUUGCGAGUUAUAAGAAACGUGUGUUAUAUUUUUUUAUAUUAUUCCAUCAAAAGUUUCAUUGUUCUUUUCAUUUCGACACCGAGUGCGAUAUUAUUUUUAAAUUUGUUUUAAGUUUUAUGGAAUCUAUUUUGUUUAUUAAAAAGGAACAAAUAAUUUCGUAUCAUGGAGCUAAUCGCAUAUAAUAUUUUUAUUUAUUGAAUUUUUUAAAUCAAACCCUUGAGUUUAUUAUUCAUGUCAAGCUGUGCAUCAGCCAUCCGUGAUUUUUAUCAAUAAAAUGUUCCUAUUUAGUAACAAUAACAUUUUAGUCAUAAUUAUUAUGUAUGUAACUGUAUGGUAUCCAUUAGCUUGAUUAAGGUCUCAGAUCUACAUUUACACUAACAUACUUUGAUGUUAGAAACUUUUGUGUUAUAUAUAUUUUCAUUUGUAUAUUAAGAGAAAAGGGAAAAGCCUGAAGCCAGUAUUCCUGGGAAGAUUAAAAACUAUAUAUGUUGGGUCCAGGACUGUUGAAGAAAUGCUUUGGUUAAAUCAGAAAGUAUAUAUUUUUUGUAAACAUGAUACAAUCAGCUUCUAGUAACGAAGUUCGUUUCAAUAGUGCCUUUUCAAUAGUACAGACGAUAAGAAAUUGUCUCUUAUGGCAUCGUGAGAAACACAAAGACUGACUAACGACCUAAAUGCGCUUAAUCCAUAUGAAUUCGUUACUCAUCACAGCGUUAAGGAUUCAUUUGAAAUUUAUGUAAUUUUGUGUACAGUAAUCGUGUGUUGUAAAUAAAUAGAGGUGAUGUGUCGCGUUCGCAUGGAGCCCGGGAUUACGGCCAUAUCGUACUCGCAAUGCUAAACAUUCUUAUGUGAAUAACCGUUUAUAUGUUAUUUAAAUAUAUUAUUAAACAGCC